AUCAGCAAGUAUUAAAUUAAAAAUAGAAUACGGAAAGUUAAGUUUAUAAUUGUGUAAAAAUAUUGAGAUAACAAUGCAACUAUGUCAAAAUAAACGCUUCGAAUUAUGCUAUAUGCUAUUAGUGUCGGUGUUAUUGAUACAAUUAAAGACAAUACUUACGGCUGCAGAUGUACACAAUGAUACAUAUUUUCAAAAAGUUAUGGCAAACUUAAAUACCACCGUGAAUCCAUGUGAAGAUUUCUAUGAAUAUGCUUGCGGAAACUGGAUAUCACACUAUUUGUCAGAAGAAUAUUUGGAUAUGCCUGGUUAUAUGGACUAUAAGACCAACGAGCAAUUGAUAGAGAUUCUGUUAGCAAAUAGUAAUAAAACUGGUAUCUAUGAGCAAAUAUGGAAUUACUAUCAAUCUUGUGUGCAACUAAAGGAUCCAGUAUUAAAUUAUUAUUUAAAAAAGGUACAAAAAGAGUUAAAUUUCGAGUGGCCAAUAUUUCGAAAGGACUGGCAUAAAUCAUGGGCAAAUGAAACUGAUUUUGACUGGUUGCACACUAUAGCUGCUUUGAGAUCUUAUGGAUUGAAUGGCAUAUUUUUAUCUAAUAAUGUUAAUGUGCAACUAAAAAAUGGUAGUCAUUACUUAAUGGAAAUACACCAGCAUCAAUCAAAAUAUGUAUUACAAAAAGAGAAUGUGGCAGAAAUUUUUCAAAAUUUUGGUAUGACGAAAGAUGAGAGCAAUAAUAUAACUGAGAGGGUUAUGUUACUAGAAGAGCAAAUGAAGAAUUUAACAGUGUUGGAUUAUGUUAAUGGAAGUCAUGAGGAAAUCAAUUAUGAGAACAUUUUUAAGGAAUUCAGUAUUAAAGAGUUAAUUGAAGAGGCACCUAAUAUUGAUUGGCAGAAAUAUUUUGAAACAGUUUUAGGACGUACUGUAAAUGUGAACAAAGAAAUUGUGCAAACAUUUACAUUGAAUUUUGAUUAUAUUGACAACUUGUUGGGUACUUUAAAUAGUACCACAAACGAAACCAUUGCUUAUUAUAUUAUGCUUAAGUUUAUGUAUCAAAUAGAACCAGAACUGCCACUUGUCACAAAUAGAUCUAUACGUUGCAUACGACAUCUUAGAGGUAUGAUGCCACUUGGUAUGAAUUAUUUGUACGAGGAGUAUUUGUAUAAAAACAAACGCGAAUCCACCGAUGCAGCACUUUCUGAGAUAUUCGAGAAAUUGCGUUAUAAUUUCGAACUUAUUGUAAAUGAAAAUUAUUUAGGUUUAAAUGAGGAAGAGAAAAACUAUGUAUUAAGAAAGCUCAGAAAUAUAAAACUAAAGAUUGGUAACAUACCAAAAGAUAUGAGCCUGGAGUUCGUGCAACAGUAUUAUAAAAAUAUACAGAAUAAUAUCAGUGAUUUCUAUGGCAAUCAUUUGCAAUUGUUGAAGUUUAACACGCGACAGCAGCAAGAAAAACUGAAAAAUGUGGUAACACCAGAUGGCAAAGUUUUCUAUUUGCUUGAUAUUGGCACUGCCGUUUCUUCCUCACCAGUUAAAAUAUUUGAUAAUAUCGUUUUGGUACCUUAUGGUUAUCUGCAACUGCCCUUUUUUAAGCACGACUUAAGUGACAUAUAUAAAUAUUCACUUUUUGGUUUCAUAUUAGCACACGAAAUUAUGCACACUUUUGAUCUAUUUCAGAUAGUUUACGAUGAACAUUCUAAUUAUAAUAGUAUGGGCGUGGCAGUAGCGCAGCACUAUGCACAGCACAUCAAUUGCUUGCCACGAAGCACUUUAGAUAUUUUAUCAGAAAAUAUUGCAGAUGUGGCAGGCAUACGCUUAGCCUAUCGUACGUACUUCGAUGAUGUAGUUAAUGAUUCACAGCUCGAUAAUCAAUUCGCUACCAACAAUUUCACCAGCCAACAAUUAUUUUUCAUUAACUCAGUGCAACUUUUGUGUGCAAAUAUCAACAAAAUUUCCAGCUUUGACAUUAAAUCGCUGCAUUUGGAACAUGACAUGGACGACGUACGUGCGCGACGGAAUUGGCCAAAUUUCGAGCAAUUUGCGGUGGCUUUCGGUUGUGCUAACGAUACAAAUUUACAUCCUGCAAAUGUCUGUCGUUUGUGGUGAUAAUGCAAUUUUGUUCAAUAAAUUUUUUAUAACUAACGAA